CAGGCUCUUCUGGAACUCAUCAUUCAAGACAUUUAAACUACCAGCGUCCCAAAUACAAAGGCAGAAUGAAAAACCAAAGGAGGGAGGAGAAGAAACCGCUUACUCGAUACAGGACAUUCACGAAGGAGAGGAAACACAACAGACAACAAUAGAUUCAGAGCAAACGGGAGAGUCAUCCGCUCCACAGAGAAAUUUCCCUGGUGGCAGGGAGAUUAUACGGCGGUCUCUAUUGAAAAAAGGUGUACCAGAGGCCGCAAUUGAAGUCAUAACUGCAUCAAUUUCCAAAGGAACCCUGAAACAAUAUACAGCUUGUUUUAAAAAAUAUUGGGAGUUUUCAAUAAUGAAUAAUCAGGAUCCACUAGUCUACAACCUAGAACAUUAUUUGAAUUUCUUAACAGAUGUAUUGAAUAAUGGACAUUCCUUCUCUGUCAUUAACUCGUACAGAUCGGCCUUGAAUUUAAUUUUUAGUCCUAUGAGUUCUGUAGACGAAAAAGUUAUAAUUAGAUUUUUGAAAGGAAUAUCCAAUAUUCGCCCACCAAAACCUAAAUAUGCAUCCACUUGGGAUCCGGAUCCUAUUUUGGAACAAUUGGGAAAAUGGUAUCCUUUAGAAACUCUGAGUAUGGAGAAUCUCACUUAUAAGCUCGUAACUCUCAUGGCUCUCACGUCUGCAUGUAGGGUACAAACAUUGGCGUUAAUAAAAAUCGAAAAUAUCAAAGUGUUAAGAGAAAAAAUUGAAAUUAGAAUUCCUGAUAGAGUAAAAACAUCCGCACGUGGAAGAUGUCAACCCUUACUCAUUUUCCCAUAUUUCGAGAAAAAACCGGAGCUGUGUGUGGCAUCCACAAUUGAAUUUUAUAUUGAAAAAUCAUCAUCCCAACGAAAAGGAGAACAGAAUCUGAUUCUCACCCAUAAAAAACCAAUCAGUCGUUGGAUAAAGAAAACACUACACAUAGGUGGUGUAGAUAUUUCAAUGUUUUCAGCCCAUAGUACUCGCCACUCAUCAACUUCUGCUGCGUUUAGAGCAGGCGUAAACAUAGAGCAAAUCAAAAAUACGGCGGGAUGGACAUCAUCCUCCCACACAUUCUUCAAAUUUUAUAAUAGACCAGUAAAAGAUUCCAGUGACACAUUCGCUAAGGCUAUAGUAAAAUGCUGA